ACACUCCGCAGAGGCGCGUGAGAACAGGGGAGGCGUCAGGUAAGGUUUAGAGACGUGCGAAGACUUUUGGGUUUCCGAUCGAAUGCAGCUCCGCCGUGCUGUUGUCUAGGCAUUUCUUCUUCUUCUGAUGAAUCGCUCUUCUAGUUGCGUGAAAGAGUGUCGCCAUGUCUAUGUUGUUUGGAUUUGGAGUACUGAUGGUGCAUGUGGCUGCCGCUUUUGACGUUUGAAGAGUUUAGUCUUAAUAGAACAUGGGCACUGUGUACUAUUUACAAUGAUUUUUGUGUAAGUUUAGCUUGGGACAGGAGCCUUGGUUGUGCCAUGCUUGUCACAGUUUAUUUUUGAGCUUAAUUUUGAAUCCGGGACAUUUAUGCAAGCUGCAUUACCCAAGAUGAUAGAGGGUCUGUGGCAUGCCUCGUCAGGACAGCUUCUGAUAAUAAAAUGAAUAAUCCUGCACCAUUGCCCACAAUCACAACAAAAUCAUGAUGUUUCUGGUUUGCUUCCAAGUAGUAUGUUACGGAAAACCACUACUAUAAAUAUGUGACUUCCUGUUUUAUUAUUUACUCAUUAAUUUGUUCGAAAUUAAUGCAGAUUGCACUAGUCCUUUGAUUAUGAACAAGAUCUUCACAUAUUUUAUCAGAUUUAAGUGUAUAGUUAGUAGAGUAUUCACGUAUCUUUUAAAUGCUAAUAUCAUGCGCGUUUGGUUUGAUGUGAUAUCAUUUUUCAUUGUACCAAAUAAAAUUUGGAAAAAUAAGAUGUUUUUUAUUCAACUCGCGUUUGGCAUCUUUUUUUUAUAUGUAAUAAUUUAUGAAAUUGACACAUUAUUUUCUGUACAAAUCACAUAAUUAAUCUGCUAUUAUUGGAAUAAAGGAAAUGACUGAAUUGGCUUUGACAACUCAUAAAUGUCCUGGAUAGUUGUGAUAUAAUUAAGGCUAGCCUUUAUAGGUGAAUGUGAUAAAUGGGUUACAUUCAAAACUCAAGUUACAUCCACACCAAGAAAAAAAAAUCUGAAGAACAACUGGAGAAGCCAUCCUUUACUUCAUUCCCUUGCAACUCUGGCGAGUGAGGCAGCAGAAGGUGAAGUCAGCUGAUAUGAUGUACCUCAUUUGGAUAACAAUUUGACUGGCACCAGAUUUUACAGAAAUAUGCAGGAGGGGCUAGGGCAAAGGAUGCAUGUACCUCAUGGUAUCAAUCUGUGUAUCGCAACUUCUUCCAUGCCCUUUCAGGCGCAAUCUUUCAUUGAGCCCAGUACCGGACAAGUGAACCCUCCUGUAACAUCUGAAAACUUAUCUGCUAACUCACAAGCUGUUAAUGAUGCUGGAGCAGUUGAAGGUACUGACAUGAACGAAAAAUCGGUUCAAAAACCUAAGAGGAAAAAACAUAGGCCAAAGGUCAUUAAAGAAGGACAAUCAGCAAAGCUGCAGAAGCCUAAAACUCCCAAGCCUCCCAAGGAAAAUGGGAAUCAGCCUACUGGAAAAAGAAAGUAUGUCAGGAGGAAGGGACUAAGUGCACCAGCUGAACAAAUUCCACUAUGUGCUGAUACACACACUAGAGCUAAACCAGGAGUAGUCCAAAGAUGUUUGGACUUUGAUGUGGAGGACCAGCAUGGACAUUUGGAUCUGGUACCGCAAACCCAGGAAACAGAGAUACAGACUGGUCCUGCGGACACACAACCAUCAAUAUCUGGAGUUGAAAGAAGUAAUGUUCAAAUAUCAUACCAUUGGGGUGGUACAAGCAGUUCUAUUAGUUCAGUUGACCCAAUAGCUGGUAUACACGGAUUACAGGCAGACUGCAAUUCUAAAAGAGUCAGUUUUGAUCUGAACAAUUCUAUAGUAAGUCAGCUGCCAACCAAUUAUUCUAGUCCAAUGGACAGCUCUGAACAAUUUUUCAAUUUUGAUUUAAGAGAAGAAGUUCGAACAAACCAGUUAUUGCCUCAUCUAACCAGCUCGGUAGAUCACACACGACACCCCUCGGUCAAUUUUGACCAAUACAUAAGCACAUCUCAAGAUUGUCCAGAAAAAUCACCCAGACAUUAUCAGAUGGUCAGUAGUUAUAGAAUUCUAGAAAAUAUGACAACAGCUUCUCAGUAUACCGAAAGGGUGUCUAUGGGGGGCAAUUUCAACCCUGAAGCUUGUAUGGGCGAAGAUGCAAUAAUCAAACAAAUGGCCCAAAGCUAUAGACCUCUAGAAAGUCCAUUUGUACCUCCCAAUCAUAAUGAAAGGGAUAUGAUGAACGGAAAUCUGAACGAGUUUCCUGUGAAGAAUGAUUACUUGAAGUUUUCUACCAAUAGUAACUACCAAACUGGAGCAGGUUUUGAUCAUUGUUCUCCAGACUAUUCAGAUGUUCUUGCAAUGGGUACAAAAAGAGAACAUGAUGCUAUCAGUGGCCAUCAGAUUUCUCUUGGCAUUGACUUUAUUAACUCAAAUAGAACAAGGAAGUUCUGUAGUGAUGACCCCCUUUCCACUAGCUCUCAAACAUCUUACUGUCCUCAAUCAUGCAAAAGGAUGAGGCCAGAGGAUCAUAGCAAUCAGCUCCAUGGAACUAUGGGUAAGCUUUCUUCCGCAUCAGCAUUUUCUGAUGGUUUGAACACAAAUAAAGUUUCAGCUAUGAACCCUAGAAUUGGUACCUUGGCUGACGUACAAUUGUUGAUGGCCCUUGAGAAAUCAAAAGCUUCACAACAAAUGUUUGAGUUUGACUAUGUUACGUCACAAAAUAACAUGAUCCAUGAACGUACUGGGCUUGCUCUGCAAAAUAUUGCUGACAAAGGAUUUAUUGCUCUACCUAAUAAACAGUUCCCAAGCUUCGCUGCACAGAACAUACCUUUGCCUGGCAGUACUGUGAACCAAUUGGGAGAAAGUAAUACCUUGAGGAAUGGAGUGCAUCAAAUUCAACCUUGGGAAAUUACAUAUAGGCUACAUGACUCUAGAGACAAUUUUUCUUUACCAGGGAACACACAGUUCUCGAAUGGCACAGUGAAUCCAUCCUCAGAAAACUAUAUUCAGAGUAAUGCUAUUCAUGAACAUCAAUGCUUAGAAAACGUUGUGGCUAAGGUGCCAGUUUUGUCUGAAACACAAAAUACUUCCACUCAAGAGGGCCAUAACCACUGCACUGCUGCUACUACUGAUGAGCAUAUCAGAACUACAAGUGAUGAAGUUGUUAGAUCCCUCACCCGACGUGCAAGCCAACCAACUACAAAUGGGAACUACAAUAUUAAAUCUUCUAGAGUAACUGCAGAAGCAAACUGCACUGAGAAGCCAAGAAAAAGGGGUCGUCCAAGAAAAGUAGUAAACCCCAAUGGGGAGCCAAAAGAAAGAGGUACUAAAGGGAAACAAAAUGUUGGUCAUGCAGAACUUAUAUCACCAAAAGGUUCAUGUGCUGACUUUUUAAAAACUAAUGGUAUUACUUAUGCUUCUGAAUCUUCCACUGGAAUUACUCCUAGGAUGUCAACUGUGGAGUUGAAAAGUUCUGACCAAGAUAAGGAGAUUCAUGGAGGUGCCAUGCCUCAAGCUACAGCAGCAUCAGUUGAUCCUUUAGAUGGCAUAAUUGAAAAGAUUAAGCUCUUAACCAUAAACGGACCAGACAAGGGUGUGUCAGAGGUACCUAAAAAUGCUCUUGUUCCUUAUGAAGGUGAAUUUAGUGCACUGAUUGCAUUUGAGGGGAAGGCAAAGAAAAGCCGUCCUCGGGCCAAAGUGAACAUCGAUCCAGUCACCACUAUGAUGUGGAACUUAUUAAUGGGGCCAGAUAUGGGUGAUGAUGCCGAAGGGUUAGACAAGGAUAAAGAGAAGUGGCUUGAUGAAGAAAGAAGAGUGUUCAGAGGACGGGUUGAUUCAUUCAUUGCUCGUAUGCAUCUAGUUCAGGGGGAUAGGCGUUUCUCUCGAUGGAAAGGAUCAGUCGUGGAUUCAGUCGUGGGUGUAUUUCUUACCCAGAAUGUUUCAGAUCAUCUUUCUAGUUCUGCUUUCAUGGCGGUUGCUGCCAAAUUUCCUGUUAAGAUAGAGGUCCCUAAAAAACCUGUGGCUGAGAUGUCUCAUACUCCUGAACAGAAGGAUAGUUGUUCUGGACUGUUUGGUGAUUCUAUCAAAUUGCAGGGCAAUAUAUACAUUGAAGAGAUAAGUGACAUUAAAUCGUUAAUUACUACAGAAGAUAAUGAAGAAAGUAAUAAUAACGAAUUGAUUGGAAACUCUGCUGGGAAUGGAGUAAACUGUGCAACUGGAGGAUGCCAUGUCUCUUAUAGUAAGUCACUAACUGGAUCCCAUGGAAAUGGGCUAUCAGGAUCUGUUUUUCCAACUACCGGCUUUUCAGGUGUGGUAGAAACUGAAGAUGGAUCACUGGAGGAUGUUAUUUCUUCUCAAAAUUCUGCUGUUUCUUCCCAGAAUUCCCCAGAUUAUGUUGUUCGUAGAACCGAUCCAAUAGGUUCUAGUUCGUUACAAAAUUUCACUGAAGAGGGCUGUAUUAUGAGAAAUAUGUCCAAUGGGACUGGCAUCUCUACUGACUAUACAUUGUUUCUGCCAAUUCAAGAUCCAAAAGGCAUGCUCGGAUUAUCAGAAUAUUGUGGACUUAAUCCUCUUCCAGUUUCAGGUGUGAACAAGGACAUGUUGCUUGAUCUAAACAGAUCAUAUCAGCCAUUACAUACUUAUAUGCCCUAUGAUCAGAAUAGUGAGUCUGAUUUCACAGGUGUGUCAUGUUUGAACCAUAUGGGUAAAUCAUUCCACACAGGCCCUGAUAAAGUGAAUCUUUCCAGUGUUACACAGUCUGAGGCUAGUCUUUACCCUAUUGAUCCUUUAGAACAAGGCGACUUUUCACCACUAAUUAAACAAAACUUCCAACCAUUACAUAGUUCAGACGAAGUGCCAUUUUUCAAGGAGCACUCUUCAUGUAAUGAUUUUUUGAGGAACAAAACUGAAGCUCAUUUUCUGGAACCACUUGUCUGUUCAAAUCCUCAAGAGGUGUACACAACCUCAACAGAUCAAAUGGGUGCUGAACAAUCUCAAUCAGGAUGUGGCCAAAAGUACAAUGAUGCCAGAGUUCAGACAGCAUCACAUGAAAGGCAUCAGUCUUCAACCUUGUGUGAUAACCAGAACUCUUGUUCGGUGGUGUUGCAAGGAGUUGCUUCAGACUCAACACAGAAGUUCGUUGAUACUCAAAAGGGGCCGUCAAAAGCUCGACAAAAUGGAUCAAAAGCUAAGGUACGGGGCCGACCUAAAAAGAAAACUGAUGACUGGGACAGUUUACGGAAAAAAGUGCUUUCUAAUGGUGGGGACAAACAAAGAAGUCAUGAUGCAAGGGAUACUGUUGAUUGGGAGGCAGUUAGGCAAGCAGAAGUACGGGAAAUAUCUGAAACCAUCAGAGAGAGAGGAAUGAAUAAUAUGCUAGCAGAACGGAUAAAGGAAUUCUUGAACCGAUUGGUGACAGACCAUGGAAGCAUUGAUCUUGAAUGGCUAAGAGAUGUUCAACCAGACAAAGCAAAGGACUUCCUUCUAAGCAUUAGAGGGCUUGGACUCAAAAGUGUUGAGUGUGUUCGCCUCUUGACACUACAUCAUAUGGCUUUUCCAGUGGACACAAAUGUUGGUCGGAUAUGUGUGAGGCUUGGAUGGGUGCCACUUCAACCACUGCCAGAGUCUCUUCAGUUGCACCUCUUGGAAAUGUAUCCCAUGCUGGAGCACAUACAGAAGUACCUCUGGCCUCGACUAUGCAAACUAGAUCAACGUACAUUGUAUGAGCUUCACUACCAAAUGAUUACUUUUGGAAAGGUUUUCUGCACAAAAAGUAAGCCUAAUUGCAAUUCAUGUCCAAUGAGAGCUGAAUGUAAGCACUUUGCUAGUGCAUUUGCAAGUGCUAGGCUUGCUCUUCCUGCACCUGAAGAAAAAUGUUUGGUUACAUUGGAAGAUCCAAAUGUUGUAGAGUUUUCUCACCAAACAUACAUAAACUCAGGGAGUGUUGGCCAACUUGAGUGGAGUGCAAAUUAUCCUAAACAUGCUGUUUCUGGUAAUCAUCAGCCAAUCAUCGAGGAACCACUGAGCCCAGAAUGUGAAACUGAAAAUAUAGAGGCACAUGAGGGUGCAAUUGAGGAUUUCUUUUGUGAAGAAUCUGAUGAAAUUCCUACCAUUAAUCUUAAUAUCGAGGAGUUCACACAAAACUUGAAGGACUAUAUGCAAGCAAACAAUGUUGAGAUUGAAUAUGCUGACAUGUCAAAGGCAUUGGUUGCCAUCACGCCUGAUGCUGCUUCCAUUCCAACUCCAAAGCUCAAGAAUGUCAAUCGUCUGAGGACAGAACACCAAGUUUAUGAACUGCCAGAUUCACACCCUCUUCUGGAAGGAUUCGAACAGAGAGAACCAGAUGAUCCCUGUCCAUAUCUUCUUUCCAUAUGGACCCCAGGUGAAACUGCACAAUCGAUCGAUGCCCCCAAGACAUUCUGUGAUUCAGGGGAGACGGGUAGACUAUGUGGAAGUUCAACAUGCUUUAGUUGCAACAAUAUACGAGAAAUGCAGGCUCAGAAAGUCAGAGGAACACUUUUGAUACCAUGCCGAACAGCAAUGAGAGGAAGCUUCCCACUUAAUGGGACGUAUUUUCAAGUUAAUGAGGUAUUUGCUGACCAUUGCUCAAGUCAAAAUCCAAUUGAUGUCCCACGAAGUUGGAUUUGGGACCUCCCAAGACGAACUGUUUACUUUGGAACCUCAGUUCCUACAAUAUUCAGAGGUUUAACGACUGAAGAGAUACAACGAUGCUUUUGGAGAGGAUUUGUUUGCGUGAGGGGCUUUGAUAGGACAGUGAGGGCACCAAGGCCCCUUUAUGCAAGGUUGCAUUUUCCUGUCAGCAAGGUUGUUAGAGGCAAAAAGCCUGGAGCAGCAAGAGCAGAAGAAUAAUAGUACAUUGAAGAAAUAUAGGGGUGCUAACCAGACGAGGAUGGAUAGCCCGAAAUGAGAUGCUGACCCAAUAGGUCGCCAAAUCACCUCCAAAUUCUAACCCAAUGACUUCCAUCUGUAAUGAAUGGCAAUACCUUGAAAACCUGUGAUGGAGAUGUUUUGUGGCGACAUGAUCUCUUAAAUUAGAUUCCGUCUUUGGUAACAGCCUAGCUGUUCUUGUUGAGUCGCAUAUUCUUUAUUCUGAAGAUCAAUAUAGCAAAUGGGAGAAAAAACAUAGUGCACAGUCGAGCUGUUCUAAUUGUACCUCUUGUGAGUGGAAUCAGUUGUUGUACAACAGGAAGAUGGACCUAUCUGUACAAUGGUCGUACAUGUUCUUUGAUCAUAGUAUAAACAAUGUAAGCCUCAUCAGCCGUUAUUUGAUUGUUUCAAAACAAAGGAAAAGCAUUUUCAAUUCA